AUGGCUCAGUGUCCAGUCGACCACUCUUCAUCGUCCUCAAAUGCUAAACCAUCGUCAGAGUCGCUAAAAUCAAACACUGAUAAAUGCCCAGUCGACCAUUCUUCGCUCGUGCACUCGUCAGAUACGGACUCAUGUCCCGUUGACCACAACACACGUUCGACAUGGGCUAGAUUUUUCCCGGCUUCUCCUUCUCCCUCUUCCUCUUCAGGCUCAAACAAAAAUGGUACCCCAGCAGCCAUCACUGGCACUACCUCUCUACCGACCUCACGCGAAGUCUCCACCAUCCCGCGCGCAGACGAACAAGGCGCGAACUGGGUGUACCCCUCCGAAGCGCAGUUCUUCGCUGCGAUGGCACGAAAGAACCAUACGCCGCGUGCAGAAGAUAUGGGUGUUAUCGUGCCGAUUCAUAAUGCUGUGAAUGAGCGUGCGUGGGGAGAGGUGCUUGGAUGGGAAAGGGGUUGGGGAGGGGAGAGGUGUGGGGGUGUGAGGCUUGUGAGUUUUAAAGGGAGGCCGAAGGAUAGGACGCCUAGGGCGUGGAUGAAGACGCUCUUAGGGUACCAAGCACCAUUUGACAGACACGACUGGGUCGUCGACCGAUGCGGCACACGUGUACGCUAUGUGAUUGAUUUUUAUACGGGCAAGUCGCCUCUUGCUGGGAACCUUGCGUUUUACCUUGACGUACGACCUGCUUUGGACGAUUGGGGAACUGUGAAGAUGCGUGCGACGCGAUUCUGGGAACGGUGGGUUGGUCCGAUGCCUUGGUCGAGUGCGGCGCCGAACGGCCCAGGCCAGACGCGGUAG